UAAUGGUGUGUCUGCCUAUGACAUACGUUACGCCGUCAUAGCUGACGCCAUGCUGAGAUGAGCUCAGGGGUUACGUCCUAUGCCAGUGAGAUGGUAUAUAAGAAAACAGGGGAGACGAUGAAAGAUCGUUUUACUAAAAAUCCUCAGAUCCAAACCACGUAUAGCCUCCAUGACGCCUACAAGCAAGAUCGCCGACCUCGAACGGGAUAUUCAAGAGCCCAGGACGGGUCCUAGUCUUACAACGGAUUCGGGUCAAAAGGUGUCAAACACCGACACAUGGUUGAAGGUAGCAAAUGAUAAGCAGGGCGGUCCCGCGUUGCUAGAAGAUCAGCAUGGUCGUGAAAAGAUACAUCGCUUCGACCAUGAGCGCAUUCCAGAGCGUGUCGUCCAUGCGCGCGGAGCUGGUGCGCACGGAUAUUUCAAGCCUUUCAACGAUGCGGCAGCCAAGUACACAUUUGCCCCUGUCUUGACCGACCCCGCUCGAACGACACCUGUGUUCAUACGAUUCAGCACGGUACAAGGCUCGCGCGGCAGCGCUGACACAGUCCGUGAUGUGCGCGGUUUUGCCGUUAAGUUCUACACAGAGGAAGGGAAUUGGGACAUUGUCGGCAACGAUAUCCCGGUGUUCUUCAUUCAGGAUGCCAUCAAGUUCCCUGAUUUUGUCCACGCGGUGAAGCCUGAGCCGCACAACGAGGUACCUCAAGGGCAAAGUGCUCACAAUAACUUCUGGGAUUUCGUGGGUUUACAACCAGAGGCUACCCACAUGGUGAUGUGGGUGAUGUCAGACCGAGGCAUACCUCGAUCUUUUCGCAUGAUGCAAGGCUUCGGUGUGAACACUUACACCCUGCAGAACGCGAAAGGCGAACGUCAUUUCGUCAAAUUCCACUUCGUUCCGGAGCUUGGCGUCCACAGUUUGGUGUGGGAUGAGGCUCUGAAAAUCUGCGGUCAAGACCCUGACUUCCACCGUAAAGACCUCCAUGAGGCGAUUGACAAUGGGGUGUAUCCUAAGUGGACGAUGAGGAUCCAGGUUAUUCCCGAGGCCGACGAGCACAAGUUCGACUUCGACAUUUUAGAUGCAACCAAGAUAUGGCCAGAGGAGCUCGUUCCGCUUAUCGACGUUGGCGAACUUGUUCUCAAUAGGACAGUGGACGAAUUUUUUACGGAGACGGAGCAGGUUGCGUUUUGCACCUCUCACAUCGUACCCGGCAUCGGAUUCAGCGACGACCCGCUUCUCCAAGGGCGCAAUUUCUCGUAUUUUGACACCCAGAUUACUCGUCUAGGCAUCAACUGGGAAGAGCUUCCGAUAAAUCGUCCUGUCUGUCCCGUCAUGAACAAUCAACGCGAUGGUGCUAUGAGACAUCGAAUUGUCAAGGGUGACAUCAAUUACUGGCCGAAUCGAAAGGAUUUUAACCGACCUGUCCCGCCUCAGGAAGGGGGCUAUCUUGAGUAUGCUCAAAAGGUCGAGGGGAUCAAGCAGCGCGCUCGCGGCCCAAAGUUCCAGGAACAUUACUCACAGGCCCAGCUUUUCUAUAACUCCCUCGCCCCUCACGAACAAACCCAUCUUAUGAAUGCGAUCGGGUUCGAACUCAGUCAUUGUGAUGACCCCGUGGUCUACAAGUCGUACAUGGACGUCCUCCAGAACGUCGACAUGGAUCUAGCCAAGAGUAUCGCUCUGAAGGUUGACGGAAAAUUGCCAGAGAAGACUCAUCGCCCGAACCAUGGUCGUACCAGCCAUGGCCUUUCACAAGGCGACUUCGCGCCGAAGAACCCGACCAUCGCGUCGCGGCGUAUCGCGAUCCUUAUUGCCGAUGGGUUCGACGCAGCUGAAGUGAAGGCUGUGAAGACGGCCCUGACGAAAGCGAAGGCGCUCUGCUUCAUUAUCGGUCCUCGGCGUAACGAAAUUAAACCUGCGCAAGACAUUGGCGAGAAAAUUAUUGCCGAUCAUCAUUUCGAAGGUCAGCGCUCGACGCUCUUCGAUGCCAUCUACAUUCCCUCGGGGGCAGAGCACAUCAAAACAUUGUCGAAGAAUGGUCGGGUGGUGCAUUGGGUACGGGAGGCAUUUGGGCACCUAAAGCCUAUCGCUGCUGUUGGUGAAGCUGUCAACUUCCUCCGCGAUGUGGUUCGCCUCCCUAAUGUCAAGCUUUUUGCACCCUCUACGGGAGAAGGCGAAGUCGUAUCUGAUUACGGGGUCGUGACAACUGGGCAAUAUAGCGCGCCCACCGAAGUUGCGGCAGCCUUCAGCAUGGCUAAGCAAGACCACAGCUUCGUGGGGAACUUCGCGCAGAACAUUAGUAGGCAUCGUAUUUGGGAACGCGAGCAGGAUGGGCUCACCGAGAUGGUUGCGUACUAA